AUGUCGACGAUUAUUAAUACCGAUGAUAAAGAUUCGAAUGUGGUUGUACAUUUUGAUCGUGAUUGGAAGGUCAGACAGUUAAUUAAUCAAUCGCCUGAUAACGAUUACGUUCCUAUCGAUUAUAACGAUAACCAUUGGAAUACAAUUCAAUUACCUCAUCAUGACACUAUAAAUGAAUCAUCAACGUACUGGUAUCGUAAACGAUUCGAUUGGAGACAUAAACCAGAGACUAAUCAGCAGCAUAUUUACCUGAAUUUUACUGCGACAGAAACUGAAAAGGAGCCAUCGAAACACGUAAAAAUAUCUGGAUUGAUUCUAUGGUUGAAUCAAAUUCACUUAUAUACUGGAUCACUUCCGAAACAACAGAUCGAGAUUACGCCAUAUCUAUUGACUAAUUCGGAUAAUGUCAUUGUUAUUUGUUCGACGCAUGGGUAUCCACUUUCAUUGUAUGCGCGUAUUCUGAUGCCAAAGGUAUCCAUCGGUCAAGUUAACUAUGAUGAUUACAAAGAGAACAACUCGAAACGAGCGCGACGUACACUUGAUUAUACGGCCAGUUUUAAUGAUUCUGACGGAAUAAUUGAUGUUUUCAUUGAUUCAUUGCAAAAAUCUCGAACAGAAGAAGAAGAAGAAGAUUCCGAUUGGGUUCAAGUUUCAGAUGGUGAAAUCAACGAGGCGAAAGUUGCAUUAGAUAUCGGUCAUGUACCACGUCUUGCUAUCGUCAUACUUAUUGUCGGUACUCGUGGUGAUGUUCAGCCAUUUAUUGCUUUGGCGAAAACACUACUUGCCUGCGGUCAUCGUGUGCGACUUGCUACACAUGAAACAUUUCGAAAAUUCGUUCGUGAAAAUGGAAUCGAAUUCUAUCCGUUAGCAGGAGAUCCGGCCGACCUAAUGUCAUUCAUGGUUAAGAACGCUGGCAUCCUACCAUCAGUAAGCAGUAUCGUCGCUGGUGAUGUUGGCAAAAGUCGUCGUAUAAUUGCCGACAUCCUUGGGUCAACAUGGAAAGCGUGUAUAGAAGAUGAUGAUGAAACAGGUGUUUCCUUUGUAGCUGAAGCGAUCAUUGCGAAUCCUCCGUCGUAUGGGCAUAUACAUUGCGCACAAAGAUUACAAAUUCCACUCCACAUCAUGUUUACUAUGCCGUGGUCACCAACCACUCAAUUUGCACAUCCGUUCUGCCGAGUUAAUUAUGACAUUGGACCGACGGAUCGAAUUAACCUACUAUCGUACAGUGUUAUUGAAAUGUUGACGUGGUCGGGAAUGCGCGAUAUUAUCAAUGAAUUUCGUGAGAAAACACUUCGCCUUGCCCCAUUGCAUACUCGUGAUGCAGUUCGUGCGAUGAUUGAUGAACGUGUUCCACAUACUUAUUGUUGGUCGCCAUCGUUAGUUGCGAAACCGUUCGAUUGGCCAGAGUAUAUCAAUGUUUCCGGAUUUUUCUUUCUCGAUCUAGCAACAAAUUAUCAACCAGCCGAAGCUCUCGUACAAUUUCUCAAAGCCGGUCCUCCGCCAAUCUACAUUGGUUUUGGUUCAAUUACAGGUCAUGAUCCACGUCGAAUUUUACAAAUCGUAUUAGAAUCACUGGAGGCAACCGGUUACCGAGCUUUACUCUCUGGUCUAGCCAAAGAAGAUGAUCAAUUACCAGCAAAUGUUUUCAAAAUUGAUAAUUGUCCACACGACUGGUUGUUUCAACAUGUAUCUGCGGUAUGUCAUCACGGUGGUGCUGGUACAACUGCUGCAGGCCUUCGUGCUGGUAAGCCGACGAUUAUAGUUCCAUUUUUUGGUGACCAAUUCUUUUGGGGAACAAUGAUUUGGAAAAGUGGUGCUGGUCCUCCGCCUAUUCCCGGUAAACGUUUAAAUACCGAAGAACUGACUGUAGCAUUUAAGAUCGUACAUCAAGCAGACGCACGUGAAGCUGCAGAAAAACUACGGGUGGCGUUCGCACAUGAGAAUGGUUGCCAAGUAGCUGUCGAUUUUUUUCAUUCAAAUUUGCCAUUAAAAAAGAUGCGUAGUGACCUUGAGCCGUCAUUUGCUGCUUGUUUUUAUUUGAAGGAUUAUGAUCUGCGCAUUUCACGUCCCGUUGCACAAGUACUUGUCGCUGCUGGAGCAAUCGAAGAAUCACAAUUGAGUGUGCACUCAACUUGUAGUUGGAACAAAUUAUCCGACGAUGCCCGUCCUCAUUUACCCACUCACGGAAUCAUCAAACAUGGUCAAAAAGCAUUCAACUAUCUAUUUAUCGAUACACCUAAAGAUGUCAAACGUGCAAUAAACUCAAACAACAUCUUCAUCGGUGCACGCGAUGGUGCCGGGUGUCUAGUCAAAGGUGUAGGUAAAGGUAUAGGACAUGCUUCAAUUGGUUGUCUUUCAUUCUAUGGUGAUGUUACCGAUGCAUUGGAACGUUUGCCAAAAUUAUACGAUCCGUAUUCGGAUACUGAUCAACGUAGGCGGCCUGAGGUCGGUGAUUUUCAAUCCGGCGCAAAAGCUGCUGGACAAGCUGUUUGGUAUGGACUUAAAGAUGGUGUCACUGGUUUGGUGAGUAAACCUCGAGCUGGUUUUCAACGUGAUGGACUUGCUGGUGGUGCGCGAGGUGCAUGUGUUGCUCUACCGAAUGCUGUGAUCAAACCCAUUGCCGGUACGCUUGCAUCAAUCACUUGGUUAAGUCGAGGUGUUUAUGCUGGAGCGAAGAAUGUGACACAUCGUCGUAGUAGCAGUCAUCCUGAUUGGCAAGUGUCGGUAAUGAAUACCAGUGAAAGUCGACGCUCGUCGGAUCAUUCCUCAGUAGAUUACGAUGGUACCUCGCCUGAAAAUCGAGCUUCGUAUGAAUCAGGCUUAAAUGUUGACAUAUGUAAAGAGAUCUUAAUGAGAUUCGACAAAAUUAAGCAAGAACAUGCACUCACGAAACAAGAAAAUUCCAAUGGUAAAAGUCAGAAAAAAGAUAAGAAGAAAAACAAGAUUUUCCAAAGACAACGUAGUCAUUCAACUUCAACCUAUCUAUAA